AUGAAGAGGGGGGUCCGACAGGCUGAUACAAUCUCACCCAAAAUAUUCACAGCCACCCUCGAGAACGCAAUGCGAAAGUUGGAAUGGAACGACAUGGGAGUGAAGGUCGACGGUGGGCAGCUGCACCAUUUGCGCUUCGCUGAUGACAUCGUACUGAUAACACUUAGCAUCAGCCAAGCGGAACGAAUGCUGACCGAAUUCGAUGAAACAUGUGGAUGCAUCGGUCUUCAGCCGAAUCUACAAAAGACGAUGUUCAUUCGGAACGGAUGGGUCUCGCAUGCCCCAUUCACGCUCAACGGAACGAACAUAUCCGAAUGCACCAGCUACGUUUAUCUGGGUCGGGAAUUGAACAUGAUGAACGACCUGACCCUCGAGCUGGACAGGAGGAGACGAGCGGCUUGGGGAGCGUACAAGAGCAUCGAGGAUGUAGUGAAGAAGACCAGGAACACCCGGCUCCGUGCUCACCUCUUCAACACCACCGUACUUCCUGCUUUGACUUAUGCUUCUGAAACCUGGGCAUUUCGCAAGCAGAAAAAAAAACGCGGUGAGCGUCACUGA